CGCUCACGCAGCUUCACUUCGUCGCUUCAGUCUGAGCUUGUGCGGUCCUGUGAACACAACGCGGCGGUAUAACGGUGCAAAAACGGUAUAACGGUACAAAACGGGAGAAAGCUGUUCGCUAGGUGCCAAAUGUAGGGGAAAAUUGCAUGUGCCAUUAAUGUGAAUUUGUGCGAGAAAAAAAUUAUAGCCGCUGGACUUUCACCUAUCCAGCCAGCUGCUUUUUGCGGGGCCAGAAACAAAUCAGCGCAUUUCUGGCCACGUGUUAUCCGGGUUUUCAUCUCGAUUUUCGGAAAUCUACGUUUAUUAUGCAAAUUAAAGCAACAACAAGGACUUGCGACAGCAGCAUCUAAUUUCCAAAAAAGAUAUAAAAAACAAGGAAAACUGAAACUGGAAGAGCUCCUUGGCGAUUCCUCUUGGUUUUUUUUGUUGCUGCCCCUGCUGCUGCACACAGACAAUGACAGAAAUUUGUCAUCACACACACAGACGCACGCACGGAGAGCGUAGAACAAAGGCAACGGGAAAAAGAUAAAUAAGCGUAGAGGAGCGGGGAGUGCGAGGGGCAGAGGAAGCAGGGGAGUGAGAAGCACUCUGUCUCACUCACGCACUUGACUGAACAUUAAACUCUCUAGUUUUUUGCAAAAAUGGAGAUUCUGAAGGCCUGGUCCCGUUAUCCUUGCCGGCAGCCGCAUAACGUCGGCAUCUACUUGUUCCCCAUUCGGCUGUAAAAUCCGCAUUUCGCAUUCGCAUCCGACAUCCGCUAUUCGCCAUCCGCAAUUUUUGACAGCUGUCAGCGGGAGUGUACGUGUGUGUGCGUGUGUGCUGGCACAGUUAUUUCCACUUGGCGGCAAGGUCAGCGCGACAUGCAAAUUGAAAAGCGCCGCACGGGCAAAAACAAAGGCCAAAGGAUGCCCAGCAACAACAGCAAAAACAACAUCUACGGGAGCACCGACAACAACAAGUAUAAGAACAACAACAACAUCAACUAACGAAAAUGUUUGAGAAAUAUGUCGCCACAUAUGUGCGCGCGUGUGAGCAAGUGAAAUUAAAAUUCCCGCAUGCCUAAUGAAUUCGCCCGCUUGUUCGCCGUCCCUCUCCCACAACCGUUAUGCGUGCGUGUGUGGCAGUGUGUGUGCGUGUGUGUCGCUGACUUCGGAAUGACAACAAAAACAACAAGAAUAGCAGCUACAACUAAGACAAUGGCUUGCUAAGCUGUCCGAGUGAGUGAAAAAAAGGAGAGCCAAAGAGAUAGAGAGAGAAAGAAUAAGAGCGAAAGAGAGAGAGAGAGAGUGGUGGAGAAAGUACGAAAGCAAAAGUGAAACUUGCAGCGAACAAAGGAGUAAAAGUGGCAGCAACAGAAGCAGCAGCAGCAGCAGCAGAAGCAGCAGAAGAAGCAGCAGCAGAAGGGGGAAGCGGGAUUUGGCGGCCAAGCGACGACAAUCGGGGGCAUGUCCACAGCCAAAAGGCUGGUGCUCUCGCUACGUGGACGCAAGAAUUCGCAGGGCAACUCGGCGACCUCAUCCACCCGGCUGGUAUCCGCCGGCACAUCGCCCGGCCAUGAGCUGGACGAAAUAGCCGUGGUAUCCGGCACCGGAUCCAGCAGUCACCACUUCUCCUAUGGCGGUUGCCUCGCCACCGGCGGCGAUGCGCCUCUGCCGCGCUACUCAACAGAUCUAGGACCAAAGUUUGGCAUGACCCAGCCGAAAUUCGGGCAGAGUGUCUCGCAACAAGGUUUCUUCACUUCGCACGACAGCCUGGCCACACCAUGCGCCUCCAGGGCCUCCAACUCGCACAUGGCCACCGUAAGCACUGCCUCAGAAAUGGAUCUUCUGCACAACAAGCAACGCAACAAGUCGCGGGGCCGCCUGAAAGCGGCUGCCAGCGGCGACCAGCCGCUCCUGGGCACCUGGAACCGCUCCACGGGACGCGGCUCGCAGGAUAACACGCUGGCCGGCGGCGGCGGAGCCACCAGUUUGGCCAUGGGCGGCCACAACCAGUACGGUGGCAACUACUGCAACGGCACAGAUCGCUACCCGCGCUCCCGAUCGCAACAGCAGGGGCACCACAACGCCGCCCAGCAGGCGCACCACCCCUACCAGCUGCAGCACUCGGCCUCGACGGUGUCGCACCACCCGCACGCGCACGGCCCGCCCUCGCAGGGGCCCGGGGGGCCGGGUCCGCCCCACGGCGGGCAUCCGCACCACCCGCACCACGGUGGUGUUGGCAGCGGGGGCGGUAGUGGGGCGGGGUCGCACGGCGGGCAGCCGCACCACCAGAAGCCGCGGCGAACCGCCUCCCAGAGGAUUCGAGCGGCGACGGCGGCCAGGAAGCUGCACUUCGUCUUCGAUCCGGCGGGGCGACUGUGCUACUACUGGUCCAUGGUGGUCUCCAUGGCCUUCCUGUACAACUUCUGGGUGAUAAUCUACCGCUUCGCCUUCCAGGAGAUCAAUCGGCGAACGAUCGCCAUUUGGUUUUGCCUGGACUACCUGUCCGACUUCCUGUAUCUGAUCGACAUCCUGUUCCAUUUUCGCACCGGAUAUCUGGAGGACGGGGUCCUGCAGACGGACGCACUGAAGCUGCGCACCCACUACAUGAACUCGACUAUCUUCUACAUCGACUGCCUGUGCCUGCUGCCGCUGGACUUCCUCUACUUGUCCAUCGGCUUCAACUCGAUCCUGCGCAGCUUCCGGCUGGUGAAGAUCUACCGGUUUUGGGCCUUCAUGGAUCGGACCGAGCGGCACACCAACUAUCCGAAUCUCUUCCGGAGCACGGCGCUCAUCCACUACCUGCUUGUGAUAUUCCACUGGAACGGCUGCCUCUACCACAUCAUCCACAAGAACAACGGCUUUGGAUCCCGCAACUGGGUCUACCACGACUCGGAAUCGGCGGACGUGGUGAAGCAGUACCUGCAGAGCUACUACUGGUGCACCCUCGCCCUGACCACCAUCGGGGACCUGCCCAAGCCGCGCUCCAAGGGCGAGUAUGUCUUCGUCAUCCUGCAACUGCUCUUCGGACUGAUGCUAUUUGCCACCGUGCUGGGGCACGUGGCCAACAUCGUGACGUCAGUGAGUGCAGCGCGCAAGGAGUUCCAAGCCAAGUUGGAUGGCGUGAAGACGUAUAUGCGGAUGCGACGUGUGCCGAAUCAUCUGCAGGUGAAGGUCAUCAAAUGGUUCGAUUACCUGUGGCUUACGCAAAAAUGCUCGGACGAGGAGCGCGCCGUGUCCUGUCUUCCUGAUAAAUUAAAGGCUGAAAUAGCAAUUAACGUCCAUUUAGAUACACUUAAGCGGGUGGAGAUUUUCCAAAACACCGAGGCCGGUUUCCUCUGCGAACUGGUUUUGCGCCUGAGGCCCGUGCUCUUCUCGCCCGGCGACUACAUCUGCAGAAAGGGCGAGGUGGGCAAGGAGAUGUACAUUGUGAAUCGAGGACGAUUGCAGGUGGUGGCCGACAAUGGAAAGACGGUUAUGGCCUCGCUGAAGGCCGGUUCCUAUUUUGGCGAGAUUAGUAUACUCAAUAUGGGCACCGCAGGCAACCGACGCACAGCCAGCGUUCGCUCGGUGGGAUACAGCGACCUAUUCGUCCUGAGCAAGAAGGACAUGUGGGACGUGCUGAAGGAGUAUCCGGCGGCGCGUGUUCGUCUGGAGUCGAUAGCCGUCAAGCGAUUGGAGAAGUACAAGAAGGCCCCGUUGGAGAAAGUCAAAUACUUUAAUGUAGUUGCCAUGGGCCGCUGUCAAUCGACGCCGGGCUUAGUCGAGAGCUGUGGCCGCACCUCGCUCGAGGAGAUGUGGCUGCCCCCGGCGACGGGCCCCGCCCCCUCUCUGCUGCACCACCACCAAACGCUCCAGCAGCAGCAGCAGCAGCAGCAGCAGCUGCAACACCAGGCCUCGCAGCAGCCACACCUGCCACACCGACAGGAGUCCACGCAGACAUCCUCGCAGACGCACGGUUAUAGUCCCCGUAGCUAUGCGGAUCGCUUGGUUCGCGCGACGGACUCCCCCAGAUCGGUGAGUCCCAGUGCCCACGGAUCCGAGGAGCGGCCGCGCAGUCGGACGACCUCGCACCACUCGAUAAGACCCCAAUCGCAACCGAGUCACACGGGUCACAUUUGCGACUCCAGUUCGCAGCUGGAGUGCUAUGGAGCCGGAGUGGGCGGGGCAGGGGGUGGGACGACGCCCCUUUUGGGCUCCCACGAAGUGCUGGAGGACGAGAUAAAGCGGCUGAGGGAACGCCUGCACACGGUGGAAUCGGAGAAUCAGGCACUGAACACGAAGCUCUCGCAGCAGCAGUGGGACUUGGAGAAUCGGCUGGCGGAGAUCGAGAUGCAGAUAUGCGGAGUGUCCUCGACAUCGAGCGUGGAUCCCGAGAACGAGACGGAGGAGCUGGAGCGGAACAGAGAGAGUAUCAUAUAACACGGGAGCGUGCUGCCCCAUCAGGCGAUCGGUAUGGUGUACAUAUCAUGUUCCUCAUGACUCCACGAUCAUCAUUGAUCAUCUGACAUUGAUCAACUAUCAACUGACUGCAUCCGGCGAUCAGGCGGAUUCGAUUGGAUCAUUAACCGCAUCAUAUCGCAUCUAUCUAUCGCUACCCCAAAAAAAAAACAAAUUCUCCCACUCUCUAUCUGUCUCGUAUUUGUGUUUCUCCCUCUCUCUCUGUAUCUCUCUCUCUCUCACUCACUCACUGUGUUCUUUGUAUUUGUGUGCGUGCGUGUGUGUGUGUAUGUUAUGCAUGCAUUCCAAAUUGCCUUACUAAUGAAAAAAAAAACAAACGAAUAAAAUAAAAAUAAAAUAAAAAAAUAAAACCAGGAGCAGCAGCAGCUUUACGGCAGGAGGAGGAUUUGCGGAAUCAGGAGGCGGAGGAUCAAGGACGACCGCUCGAAACUGAAACGGGAACCCAGACCUGCACCAAAUACUUCUCGCUUUAGGGAACCAUUAAGACAGAGAGAGAUAGAGAGGGGAGGACGGGGCGCCAGAUAAACCCCAAGAUGUGCAAUUAAUAUCUCUUAUGAUCACGCGACACCAAAACUAAAUAAAGAAAUAUAGCCCAAAAUGGCACUGCCACAAUGAAAAAAUUGUCUGUAAAUAGAAAUGGAAGAACAUUGAGAUCAAAAUAUACGCCAAACGAUUGUAAUUGGUUUAGUUAUGCACCGGAGAGAUCGGAAAAGCUUUAGUAGAUAAUCCGAGAGAGAACUUUUUCCAGAACCCCUAACAACUUGUUACCCAACACUUACACUUUUUCCAUACUAAGCUCAGAAAUAGAUUGAGAUUUACAUAUAGAUAUCAUUAGGCCUAGACGCUCUUCGCUCCUUUUAAUGGUUACUAAACCAAAACCGAAACGGGUAUUCGAACUCCCAUUGUAAAUACUUUCGCUCUAGGAACUCAAUUAGCAUUAUGGUCAAUGACAUUAGUAUGGAUCAUCCGAAACAAAAAACAAAAAAAAAAAAACAAAAAACUAAAAGAUUACUUUAAAUCAUGAGUGUAACAAAUGAAUCGUAUAUCUAUUGUAAUAUUUGCUAAUUGUAAUUCGACAAAAAUGAACAUUUACUAGAUGUGUAUAUGGGAAACGAUUUACUUUACAACUGAAAAUAAUGCAUAAACAAUUUAUGGACAACUAAGUGAAUAUUUGCAAAAUAUUUGUACUAUUGGAAAAGAACUGCCAGAGCAUACACCACACACUCGAAAAACUAUAUUAAUAAUAAUCUUAAACAAGACAAAAAAACUCAAAGCUAAAGACAUUAAACUAUUAAUAAAACCAAUAUUAAUGAGUAGAUAUGUCAAAAGGAAAACACUUUUAAUGCAAUAUUAUAUUGUACUACUGUCGUAUAUAGUAUAUCUACAUUAUACAUGAUCUACAUUAUACUUAAUAUGGUAACAAUUUAAAGGUCUAAAUGUAUUUAACUUUAGUUAGUUGCCCCAAAAGCCAAAACCAAUGCUGAAGAUUGUAGUUGAGAAAAAGAAAAACAAAGAUUAAUUUAGGCAGGAGAGUUCUGCAGAAGUUUGCAGAACGCAGUUCAAGAAUCCCCAUAAUAUGGGGGCUGCGAUAAAGAAGAAAUAAUUAAUAUAGCUGUAACUCUAGUUAUACCUAGUUAUACCAUUAGAUGUGUACCAGAGAAGACCAAAAAAAGAUCGAAUCGCGAUCGUUUAAGCAAAUUGUUCAGUGUCAACUCCCAAAAAUAUUGAAAACCACAAACUGAGUUGAUAAGGAAAUUUAAUAAUUAUAUAGCUAACUCGAAUAAGAACCUAAACUUUACAGAAUGAGCCGGCGUUUGAGCCAGGAUACGUUUGAGUAUCUGCGGAGAAAACGGAAACUGGAGCGAAUCUCAUUUCAUGCCAACAAAAAAUGAUAGGCCAAAAACUUAAGCUCAAAUUUUGUUAGGAUUUUUUCUUAGAUUUUUGUCAACGAGGUAAACCUAUUUUCUAUUUUCUAGAGAACAAAUAGAAGAAAUUCUUUUUUUUCGUAUUUUUCAACCUAAUUACUUUUCGGAAUAUCAUAUAACGGAUUAAAAAUUAAUUAAUAAUUACAAUAAACAUUAAAUGGGGUUUCAUCUAAGACAAAGCUUAUACCAAACCAAAAAAAAAAAAAAAAACGUGUUAAAGCGAAAGCCUACGAAAACUUGUAAAAGUUUGUCGGAGUUUUUGAUUCCUUAGUUAGCCAAUUAUUGCCAAAGUUAAAGUUGAAUAAUAUAACUAAAUUAAAUUACAUUUUUAUGGCUUAUUAGCACGCUUAUCACAGGACAGAGGCUCUGUCCCUUGUUAGACUUAUUCCUUCUGAUUUCAUUAAUGUUUUCCGUUAGAGCGCGUAUAGACAUAUAUCUAUUUGUUAUUGAACGUAAAAUACAAGGAACUACAUCGAUUCGGUUGUGUUGUUGUCGCCAAAUGUGGAGGAGAAAUGGCUGGCGAGUUUGAAUGGCUUACAUAAUAAUAAUUUAUUAAAUUAUUUUAUGCAUUCGAGAUCUAUACAAAAAAGAAAGAAAACAUUUAUAGCUUUAUUUUUACUAUAAAUUAAUUAAUUAAUUUAUAAGAACUAAACAGUAAAUUAAUUCAGCAUUGACUUCAUAGCAAAAGAACACAGAGAAACAGUAUAGUUCUCAGAUCAUCGGGCAGGAAAAGGCAUUUUUUAAACGGUCACUAUAAAUCAGAUCAGUUCAAAUAAGGCCCCGAUUUGCAGCAGGUAAAUCGAGCUUAUCGUGCGAGAGUUUCAAAGCCGUUUACAUUGCUGAACCACUCUGAAAAUCUGACAAAGGGUAAAUUCAAAUGGAAUUAUAAAGUAAAAACACGACAACAAAAAACCAGAAAGAAAACUGAAAUACAAAUAAAAUCAAAACAAAAACAGAAAAUUCUUAAUACAUGAAAAUCGUGCGUUGCGUUUUUCUUCGGGGGGCCACUAAUAACCAUUCGACUCAUCCAUCCACUUAGCCAACAAUCCGUCGAUCGGACGAUCAGUCGAUUGAAUGCAACUGCAUGUCGUAAUCAAUGGGAUCUGAGGAAAAGCCGCAAAAUUGUUCAAUUACAAAGGCCGAAACCA